AUGGAUUUCGGGGUCCUUCGAGGGUCAGAUCUUCGAUCCACCAGGUCCCCAUCUUUGCCUGUCAUCAAUAACCAGCCCCUUGGUCUCCUUGUCCCUUGCCUUCAGCAACCCUGGCAGAUUCCUGAUGGGUACUGCCUCCCACCCUCCUCUGGUCAGGGGAGCCCCCCAGAGGAGGAAUACUGGCCUGGCAGGGAACACUGGCAGUCUCAGUCCUUCACCAAACAGCAGGGGAAAAGCAACAAAGCCCCAUCCCCCAGUGGCCCCAAGAUGUGGAAGGUAGAGCUCGAGGGGGCCUUGAAGUCACAUCACUGGCUGCUGAGUCUACGAACAGGGAAGCAGCCGCAGUCCCCGAAAGGACCCGUCCCAGCGAGCCAGGGCCUAGUUUACCUUCAGCAGAAGGCGGAGGGGCCGGAGCGGGCGCGGGCACCCCUGGGCUCUGAGGGGCGCGCCCUGAAGGGCUGCGGACUUCAGGGCCAUGAUGGCUGUCCCCAGAAAGCAGGAGCCCGAACCGCGGGGCUCACGAACGCCCACAUUCUCUGCUACAGCUUCGCCACUCCCCUGGGCCUCUCCCCACAGGCCGCCGCCUGGGCCCACACCCCCAGUCGUAGGCCUCAGCGUAGCAGACCUCCCACAGAGUCCACGCCAGCAAUCCUCAAAGUCCUCAUAAAAACCAUUAAGACGUCUUCUGGGGAAAUCAAGAGAACAGUGAUUAGGGUAUUGCCAGAAAUGGAUCUUGACUCUGGGAAGAAAUCUUCCAAGCAGACGGUGUCCGUGAUGGCCUCUGUGACAUCCCUUCUGUCAUCUCCAGCAUCAGCCGCCGUCCUUUCCUCUCCCCUCAGGGCGCCUCUCCAGUCCACGGUCAUGACCAAUGCAGUUUCCCCCGCAGAGCUUACCACCAAACAGGUCACAAUCAAGCCUGUGGCUACUGCUUUCCUCCCAGUGUCUGCUGUGAAGACAACAGGAUCCCAAGUCAUUAAUUUGAAGCUCACUAACACCACCACGGUGAAAGCCACGGUCAUAUCUGCUGCCUCUGUCCAGAGCGCCAGCAGCACCAUCAUUAAAGCCGCCAAUGCCAUUCAGCAGCAAACUGUCAUGGUGCCGGCAUCCAGCCUGACCAACGCCAAACUUGUGCCAAAGACUGUGCACCUUGCCAACCUUAACCUUUUGCCUCAGGGUGCCCAGGCCACCUCUGUAUUCCACCAAGUGCUAACCAAAUCUCAGCAACAAAUAAAGCAGGUGAUAAUCAAUGCAGCAGCCUCGCAACCCCCCAAAAAGGUGUCUCGAGUCCAGGUAGUGUUGUCCUUGCAGAGUUCUGUUGUAGAAGCUUUCAACAAGGGGCUGAGCAGUGUCAAUCCAGUCCCUGUUUACAUCCCAAACCUCAGUCCUCCCGCCAAUGCAGGGAUCAUGUUACCAACGUGUGGAUACAAGUGCUUGGAGUGUGGGGACUCCUUUGCACUUGAAAAGAGUCUGACCCAGCACUGCGGCAGAUGGAGCGUGUGCAUCAAAGUAAUGUGCAACCAUUGUACAAAGAACCUCGUUUUUAACAACAAAUGCAGCCUCCUUUCCCAUGCCCGUGGGCAUAAGGAGAAAGGGGUGGUAAUGCAAUGCUCCCACUUAAUUUUAAAACCAGUCCCAGCAGGUCAAAUGAUAGUUUCUCCAUCAAGCAAUACUUCCACUUCAACUUCCACUCUUCAGAGCCCUGUGGGAGCCGGCACACACAUUGUCACAAAAAUUCAGUCUGGCAUAACUGGGACAGUCGUAUCGGCUCCUUCAAGCACUCCCAUCACCCCAGCCAUGCCCCUAGAUGAAGACCCCUCCAAACUGCGUAGACAUAGUCUAAAAGGUUUGGAGUGUAAUGAAGUCUUCCAGGACGAGACGUCACUGGCUACACAUUUCCAGCAGGCUGCAGAUAUGAGUAGACAAAAGACUUGCACUGUCUGCCAGAUGCUGCUUCCUAACCAGUGCAGUUAUGCAUCAUACCAAAGAAUCCAUCAGCAUAAAUCUCCCUACACCUGCCCUGAGUGCAGGGCCAUCUGCAGGUCGGUGGACUUCCAGACCCAUGUCACCAAGAACUGUCUGCACUACACGAGGAGAGUUGGUUUUCGAUGUGUGCAUUGCAAUGUUGUGUACUCUGAUGUGGCUGCUCUGAAGUCUCACAUUCAAGGUUCUCACUGUGAAGUCUUCUACAGGUGUCCUAUUUGUCCAAUGGCAUUUAAGUCUGCCCCAAGCACAUAUUCCCAUGCUCACACACAGCAUCCUGGCAUCAAGAUAGGAGAACCAAAAAUCAUACAAAAGUGUUUCAUGUGCGACACUGUGUUCACCCUGCAAACCUUGCUGUAUCGCCACUUUGACCAACACAUUGAAAACCAGAAGGUGUCUGUUUCCAAGUGUCCUGACUGUUCUCUUUUAUAUGCACAGAAGCAACUUACGAUGGACCAUAUCAAGUCUAUGCAUGGAACACUGAAAAGUAUUGAAGGGCCUCCAAACUUGGGUAUAAACUUGCCUUUGAGCAUUAAGCCUGCAACUCAAAAUUCAGCAAAUCAGAACAAAGAGGACACCAAAUCCAUGAAUGGGAAAGAGAAAUUGGAAAAGAAAUCUCCAUCUCCUGUGAAAAUCAAGAAAGUGGCCAGUCCUGGGUGCACGUGUUGGGAGUGUGACCACCUGUUCAUGCAGAGAGAUGUGUACCUAUCCCACAUGAGGAAGGAGCACGGGAAGCAAAUGAAGGAACACCCCUGCUGCCAGUGUGACAAGUCUUUCAGCUCGUCCCACAGCCUGUGCCGGCACAACCGGAGGAAGCAUAAAGGCAUCAGGAAAGCGUAGGCCUGCUCGCACUGCCCAGACUCCAGACGUACCUUUACCAAACAACUGAUGCUGGAGAAGCACGUCCAGCUGAUGCAUGGCAUCAAGGACCCUGACCUGAAAGAAAUGAAAGACACCACCAAUAAGGAGGAAACAGAAAUAAAAGAAGACACCAAGGUCCCCAGUCCCAAGCGGAAGUUGGAAGAACCAGUUCUGGAGUUCAGGCCUCCCCGAGGAGCAAUCACUCAACCACUGAAAGAGCUGAAAAUCAAUGUUUUUAAGGUUCACAAGUGUGCCAUGUGUGGCUUCACCACCAAAAACCUGCUGCAGUUCCACGAACACAUCCCUCAGCACAAAUCGGAUGGUUCUUCCUACCAGCGCGGGGAGUGUGGCCUCUGCUACACGUCUCACGUCUCUCUGUCCAGGCACCUCUUCAUCGUACACAAGUUAAAGGAACCUCAGCCAGUUUCCAAGCAAAACGGGGCUGGGGAAGAUAACCAACAGGAGAACAAACCCAGCCACAAGGAUGAAUCCCCCGAUGGCGCCGUGUCAGACAGAAAGUGCAAAGUAUGCGCAAAAACUUUUGAAACUGAAGCAGCCUUAAAUACUCACAUGUGGACACACGGCAUGGCCUUCAUCAAAUCCAAAAGGAUGAGCUCAGCCGAGAAAUAGCCACAGAUGGUCCAUGAGGAAUAUCCCUGUCCACAUUGGAAUAAAAAAGACAUUUUUGUUGCAAAGAGUUUGCAGCAUAAUAGAGUUAACAGUACUGUCUAGGCUGUUGAAAUAUAUUCUCUUUCAACGUACCUUCCUUUACCUCGUCGUAUAUA